UGAUGAAUGACAUUGAUCAAUGUCAGAAUGGACAAACAUGUUUUCUUCUUUUUCACUUUUGUAAGAAAAAUGCAAAUUUCUAGCCAUGUACAGACAAUGCUAUCGUCUGUGGGCGUGGCGAAUCCCAGAACAUAAUAACUUGAAAAACACCAUCUUGAUGAAGCAUGGGCUGACAACAAAUGCAAGAUGUGUCUCCACAGACUCAAACUUAAAAACAUCAGAGGAAGAUGAGGAGAUGAAGUUUUCUCACCAGGAGACAAGAAUUAGAUAUGCAUCUUCUGCCAAUGGCAAAGACAAAUUUCCACAAGGAAAAUUCCGACCUGUGCCCCUAACACUAUUCAUAAAAAAAUCACAGACACUUGUGAUGUUAGACGAAAUUAGCAACAGAUUUACUGUGUCUUUUCCAAAGUCAGAAGACACAUUGACUGUUGAUGUAAAUCCUAAAGACUUUGCAAAGCUCAAAGAUAUGUUGGAAAAAGACAGGAGAGAUCGAAGUCCAGCCCAUAAUCCAGAAUCUAUUACAGAGUGUAUAUGGCAAGAAAUGAGAACAGACUACAAUAAACUGAUUCAGUACUACUUCAGGCUAUCAAAGAUCAGGUUAACAGGUCUAGUUGUGCUGACGGCUAUGGCAGGUUAUGCUAUGGCUCCCGCAGUAUUUGAUCCCGUUGGUUUUACAAUGGUGACCCUAGGUACGGGGCUGACAUCUGCCUCAGCAAAUGCCAUUAAUCAGUUUUUUGAAGUGCCAUUUGAUUCCCAGAUGAACAGGACCAAAAAUAGAGUGCUUGUUAGAGGAUAUCUAAGCCCUUUGCAUGCUGUGACAUUUGCUGCCGUGUCUGGCAGUGUUGGACUAGUGAUUCUGGCCCUGGGAGCUAAUCCCCUCACAGCUGCUCUAGGGGCAUUCAACCUUGGUCUCUACACUCUGGUGUAUACUCCCAUGAAGAGACUCAGUAUUGUCAACACCUGGGUGGGCUCUGUGGUGGGAGCUGUUCCUCCUCUGAUGGGAUGGGCAGCCUGCACGGGCACACUGGACCCAGGUGCAUGGGUCAUGGCAGCUAUUAUGUUUUGCUGGCAGUUUCCCCAUUUUAAUGCUCUAAGUUGGAAUCUGAGACCAGAUUACUCCAGGGCAGGGUACAGAAUGAUGUCAGUGGUGGAUCCUAAUCUUUGUAAACGUGUUGCUCUGCGUCACACAGCAGGAAUAACGGGACUAUGUUUCCUGGCCCCAGUGGUGGAUCUAACCACCCCUCUGUUUCCUGUCAUGUCUCUACCUCUCAAUCUGUACUUUACAUAUCUCGGAUGGAAGUUCUACCAGCAAGGAGACAGCAAUUCGUCUCGGAAACUUUUUCGUUUUAGUUUAAUACACAUACCUUUACUUAUUGUGCUUAUGAUUGUGAACAAACCAAGUAAGAAACAGGCUGCAAAAGACACUCAAGAACAUUCUGUGGCAGUUAUUCCUACAUGAUUGUACAGUUUGUACUAGAUAGGUUUGUAUUUUGUGAAUUAUUUGUGUAUGGCAGUUGUAAAACAUUGCUGAAGACAAUUAAAACUGUGAUAACUCAUAAUUGACUGAAGUACGGCUCAUUCCAAGAAUAUCAAGACAGUGUAUGUAAGAGAUGAAUAUAUUAAUGAUGAUGUUA